UCUAUAUAACCCCGUCUUUAGGCUCCCACACACACGGAGCACUCAACACUUGUCCACACUUGUCUGUUUUGCCCAUCAGCCGCCAUGAAGACUAUUUGGUUUAGUAUCGCUUUAGCGAUGUCAAUCUCUGCCGUCUCCACUGAAGUCAAGGAAAUCAAACUCAGAGUCUUCCCAGCAAAGAGCAUUGCCGGCGUGUUCCAGGUGACUAAUCUGAAUGAGCUGGACCAGCCUGAGUACGCCUUCAAUAUCACGGAAGCUCGCGAUCUCUGCACAACUCUCGGAGUCAACAUCGCCUCCAAAGACCAAGUAAUGGAAGCCCUGGAGGGAGGUUUGGAAACAUGCAGGUUUGGAUGGAUUGAUGAGCAUUUUGUGGUCAUUCCCCGCGUCAAAGCACUUUCAAACUGUGGACAAAACCAGACCGGCUUGGUCCAAUGGCGAGCUGCGCUUACCAAAAAGUUUGAUGUAUUUUGUUUUAACGAAACAGAUAAGGCGGCUGAGCCAGAGAAAGAAAUGAUGACUUUGAUCUCUGAGUCCCUUCAGAAUCCCACACUUGCUCCGUUGCUCAAUACUGUCAACCUAUCUUUGUCUUCGGACCUCUCGUUGUUGGACAGCUUGGAUGGGGCAGAGCUGGCUCGUGUAGUCGGAGAUGAACAAAGCUACGGGAGAGGAAAAGUAGUGCUCAUCACCUCAAUGUGUGCUGUCCUCCUGCUCGCAAUUGCUGUCUUUGCAUACUUCAAAAUAAAGAAGAGCUUUCGGACAGGUGAGCCAAACCAAGAGGGGGACUAUGUAGAGACCCAAGAGUGGACAAGUGUGAAGAUCGCAGAGAAAGACGACAGGACAACACGGAAGAUGAAUGGCUAAACUAAAAUAAUGGCGUCUCGACUGCUGAGUUGGUUGUUUUUACCACGUGUGAUAUCAUGUGAUUUUGCACCACCAUUAUUUUUUUAAUUGCACUUGUCUAUUGAAUGCAUGUGAACUGAUUGUAAUUGUUUAAAUCAGGGGUCUCCAACAGCUGUAGCUUUCCACCUGAUUUUGAGUAACUCAGUAAAGGGUCAAAUACUAUUUUAAUUGCUAUUCAAUUUAGACAGAUUAGCAAAAAAAUAGCGUUAAAAGAAUGAUUGCACUGUAUGGGUGGUAACAUAAAUCACAAAUGAAUUAGUAUUUAAAUGUUGCCAGUCGCAUAAAUACUACAACUAUUUGUUUUUGUCAAAGUAGCUCUACAAAAGAUGGAGCCCCUUGGUUUCGAUACUUCAAGUACUGUACAUGCAAUAAGUGACAGUUUCAGGACAAACAAGACAUUGUGUAUUUGUGCAAUCACAUUUGUCCAAAAUGAAUGUGUGCAAAGCUUGCUCAGCAGGUUCCUUUGUGUGCCUUGUGUGAACAGUAAAGGACAUACAGUAUCUGUUUCAAAGCAGCACUGACACGUACACACUCUGUGUGCACACGUUUGACCUGGUCAGCACACCUCCUGCCUGGGGAGGCCUGUCUCAUACUUUGCAAAGUUUUCUUCUUGCUAGCUUGAGAUCAUAUGACAGCAUAUUUCUUUGAUUGCAUUGCAGAUACUGGCGCUUAAUAAACAAUGUAUAUGAGUUA